CCGGCUUUCCAGUCAGUCGUCGCCAGAGUGAAUAAGGAGAGGUCCAGAGUCCAGACACAAAAAGGAAAAUGGGAAAACAUGCCGAUUCAGGCUCACAAAAACCGCACGCAGUUUGCAUUCCAUACCCGGCACAAGGCCACAUCAACCCCAUGAUGAAAGUGGCGAAGCUUCUCCACGCAAGAGGCUUCCACGUCACCUUCGUCAACACAGAGUUCAACCACCGUCGCUUCCUCCGGUCGCGUGGCCCUCACGCGCUAGACGGGCUUCGCUCGUUCCGGUUCGAGACGAUCCCUGACGGUCUACCGGAGUCAGACCUGGACGCGACGCAGGAUAUCCCAGCACUCUGCCAGUCCACCAUGAAGAACUGCCUCUCUCCGUUCAGGGAGCUCCUCCAGCGCUUAAACGCUACGGGCGGUGAUAUUCCGUCGGUGAGCUGCGUCGUGUACGACGGAGCUAUGAGCUUUGCGGUGGACGCGGCGGCGGAGUUCGGAAUUCCGGCGGUUAUGCUCUGGACGUUCUCUGCUUCAGUUUCCAUGUUGUAUUUUUACUACCGUCAGCUUAUCCAAAAGGGUUUGAUCCCUCUCAAAGAUGAGAGUUACAUGACAAAUGGGUACUUAGACACAGAGAUAGAGUGGAUACCUUCGAUAAGGAACAUAAGAGUGAAGGAUCUGCCAGGCCUCUUCUCCACAACGAAGCUUGAGCAUGACCCUAUCCUUCAGUUCGUCCUCCACGCCAUGGACAGAGUCAAGCUCGCCUCUGCUAUCGUCAUCAACACCUUCCACGACCUCGAGCAUGACGUCAUCCUGUCCUUGCAAUCCCUCCUUCCCCCGGUUUAUCCGGUCGGACCGCUCCAUCUCCUCGUUAACCGUACCAUCGACAACGACAGCGAGAUCCGACGGUUGGGAUCCAAUCUGUGGAAAGAAGACACGGAAUGUCUGAAGUGGCUCGACACAAAGGCGCCGAGAAGUGUGAUCUACGUCAACUUCGGGAGCAUAACGGUGAUGUCGGAGAAACAGCUCGUGGAGUUCGCGUGGGGUUUGGCCGGAAGCGGAAAGGAGUUCUUGUGGGUGAUUCGGCCUGAUCUUCUCGGCGGAGAAACGGCGGUGGUUCCGCCGGAGUUCGUGGCAGAGACGGCGGAGAGGGGGUUGCUGGCGAGUUGGUGCCCUCAGGAGAAGGUUCUGUCCCAUCCGGCCAUCGGAGGGUUCUUGACUCACUGCGGGUGGAACUCGACGCUGGAAAGUAUCUCCGGCGGAGUUCCGGUGAUAUGUUGGCCGUUCUUUGCCGACCAGUCGACGAACCGAAGGUUUUGUUGCGACGAGUGGGGGAUGGGAAUGGAGAUCGGAAGUGACGCGAAGAGGGAGGAGGUGGAGGCAGUGGUUAGGGAGUUGAUGGACGGAGAGAAGGGGAAUAAGAUGAGGGAGACGAUGGAGAAGUUGCGGCGCUUGGCGGAGGCGGCAACUACUCCGCCGUCUGGUUCGUCGUUCGUCAACUUCGAGACGGUGGUCGAUAAAGUCCUUCGCCGUCGCGUCUAGUUACUUGGCUUGGUCCAAUGUGAAAUGUUUUGUACCGCUGAAAAUUAUUUUAAGGGGAUAAUGUGUAUUUUAUCAGUAUUCGAAUACUGGCCUUCAUGACUAUCCCGCUGAACUUGUAUUUAUACUCUACCAUAAGAAAACAUACAUAAUAAAAAAAAAUGCAGCCUCGUCAA